UGAUGUGCCGACGAUGAGCCACCGCUUCCUGCUCCUGCUUCUCGCCGCCACCGCCGUCCGCCCCUGCGCGGCCGUCAUCCGUCUGGGCGCCACCUCUUUCCUCGACGCCCCCGCGCGCUUCGGGCCCCGGGUGACCGGCGACGGGAUAUGCGGGUCGCUGCGCGCCGCGGACCCCGCCAACGCCUGCGCGCCCAUCAAGAACAGCGCCGGUUCCGGCCCCGGGAUGGCGUUCGUGCUGAUCGAGCGGGGGAACUGCAGCUUCGAGGGGAAGGUGCGGGAGGCGCAGCUCGCGGGGUUCGACGCCGCCGUCGUGUACGACGACGAGGAGAAGUCCAGCCUCUACUCCAUGGUUGGUGAUCCUGAAGACAUACACAUCCCUGCGGUAUUUGUAUCCAAAAUGGCUGGGGAGACUUUAAAGAAGUUUGCUAGAGGUGAAGAUGGUGAAUGCUGCAUAAACUCAUCGAUGGAUGAGACUGCAGGGACGGUGUUGGUAAUGUCAUUUGUAUCACUUGUCGUGAUCAUAUCAGUUUUGGCUUCGUUUCUUUUCGCUCGGAACUGCCGACUUCUACGCCAUGGAGUUGAUAACCGUCCACCUUACAUCAAGAAACAUGUAGUAGAAAAGCUCCCUUGCUCUGUAUAUAAAGCUCAGUGUUCAAGUGGUGAAAAUUUCGAAGAAGCUUGUGCCAUUUGUUUAGAAGACUAUGAUAAUGGUGACAUGCUUAGACUUCUCCCAUGCAAACAUGAAUUUCACGUGGCGUGCAUUGAUCCCUGGCUGACAAAAUGGGGUACAUUUUGCCCCGUAUGCAAACUUGAAGUAAUCACGGGUGAAUAAGGAAGCAAGCUUGAAGUAAAUCUCUGGUGAAUAAGCGAGCCCCGUUAAUGCACAUAAGUGCUAGCGGCAUCACAGUUACAUCCAAUUGCGUUGAAGUGGUUUUGAUCUGUUGACUGUGUUUCCAAGAUCAUCUGAGCAUUUUAUCGCGACGAUGAAGUACUGGCUGCAGUUCGUCAGACGGGACCCAUUUUAAUGCCCAUUAGAAGACUGCCUUAUGUGGUUAAUAUUCAAACUGUUUAACUAAAGUACCACAUGCUAAUGCCCUUUACAAGCUCUCUUGUUCUCUGUCUCUCAGUUUUACGGAUGUUAAUGUCAGAUAUCAUAAAAAGUAGUAUCUCCUGUUGUGAAUUUGUACAUGAGCUAGCUAUUAUUUCUUAUC